AUGGAGCCUUCUUUGAAGAGAGCAGAAACAUCAAAUAUUCCAAGUAAUAUCAAGGCUAGAAUAUUAUUUUAAUGUUAUUUACUAUCACUUGGUAUCACUCUUAUGGUAUUAUCUAUUAUUGCUUUUGUGUCAUUAUCUGAAAAUAUCAUUUAUAUUAGAAAUAUUGUUUAAAAUUGGAACACCUUACCAAUUAAAUCCAUUAGAUUAACAUAGGGGGAUUGUUUAUAAAAUGUAAUAAUUGUUUGUAUUAAAGGAAGAAAAUUUAAAUCAUUACAUAUGGCCUGGUAUAGAUUAGGGUUGCGAUUGUAGAUUUGGAGAUUAAUAUAUUGCUCCUAUGAGAAUUUUAUAUGAUAGGCCUGAUGAAAUAUUGAAAUAAGAAUGUAAUGAUACAAUGAGGGAUUCAGGAUGUGAAGAUGUUGAUGAAAUGAGUUCUAGAGAUUUUAUAAGAUUACCUGUUGAUUUUGGUAAUAAAAAAUUAAGUGUUUGUGGUUUAAGAGAAGUAGGAAAUAAUAGUUUUGCUUUGAAUUCACCUAAAGUAAAUGAAUGUAAAGAAAAUGAAUUAAAAUGUGGAACAAAUUCAGAUUAUUUUUAUUGUACUUAAGAAAAAGAAUGUCCUAUAUUUUAAAUGAAGAAUAAUUCUAAUUUUGAUAGUGAAAGCUAAGAUUACUUUUAAACUUUCAGAUAAAAUGAUAAUUUAUUACCUCUAGUUGAAUUUAAAAUUGCAUAAGGAAAUGGUGUUUGUAGAAAGAUAAAUGAAAGAAGUAUUACAUCAGGAAGAUCUAAUUAUGAAUUAAUAUCAGAUCCUGGAUAUGAUUGUGAAAGAGAUCCAAGAUUUUAAUUAAUUUAUUUAUUUGAUGAAUUCAAUUUCUUUUAAAUUAAUGAUGCUUUAGAUAUUGCUAAAUAGGCACCAGGUUAUCAGAUAUCAAGUUAAUUUUAGUGGGGUCUAUAUACAAGAAAUUAUAUCAAUUUUACGUUAAGUUGUAGAUAAUAUUAACAAGAAUUUAUGGAUUCUGUAGAGGUUUUAGAAGAUAUUGAUGUCAAAUAAUUAGUUUUAAUGAUAAUCUCAAUAAUUUGUGUAGUACUCUUUAUUAUUUUAUUUAUUUUAAACUGUUGUACAAUAAAAGGUGUGGAUUUGCCUUGUAUUAAAGGAAAAGGAACAUAAGAAUCAAACACUUUAUUUUGUAUAUAAGCUGGAAUCAAGGAAACUUUCCAAUUAAUUUAGGCAAUCAUAGCAAUUAUAAGUUUUUCUGCAGUAAACACUUAAGUUAAUUUUUACUCUAAUUUAAUUGAUGAAGGUUGUUCCGACAUUGUAACACUUGUACAUUUUAUUAUAUAAAUAGGAUGAUAUUUCUAUCAUUAGAGAUGUUUUAUAAGAAAAAAUUUAUAACUACAAUCUUGCAUAUAUUAUAAUGUUUUUCUUAGGAGCCUGUGUUGAUCUAAUAGUUGGAGUAUCACUAUUGAAUAGUUAUUAUUAAGAAAGAAAGCGAUUGGCUUAAAUAAGAAAUCAACAGCAAUAAUAAGAAAGUAAAUAUGCAAUAUGAAUUUUAGUAAACAAGCAUAUAAGUAGUAAUCCUGAGCAAGAAAUUUUAAAAUAAGAAAAUUUAAAUGCAUAAUUUAAUGAUUUUCAAUAACCACCAAAUUUUUAUCCUUAAGUAUAAACUAAUUUUGGAGCACAAAACAACCUGCAAUAAUACCCACCUCCUAAUUAUUAUCCAUAAUAAAACUACCAAAAUCAGCCAAUCUAAAAUUAAUAAUAUCAAUAAAAUCCCUUUUAAACUUGA